UUUUGAGCUCUGAACCGCAACCCUCUCACACGGCACGGAACUAAAGAAAACAAGGAAAAAAUGGCUGCCUUUCUGAUCAUCAGUCUCGUUCUAGCCUUCCAGACAUCAAAGGCCUUCGAUAACUCGACUAUGACCAUUUUUGCCUCUCACACCGUCAAUUCAUCGUCUUCCAUGGUUUCUUCCCAAACCUCAUCGGCUGUCAACUUCUCUUCUACCCCAGCCAUGACAACACAUUCUGUUUCAGCUGCUGCCUCCACAUCAUCAUCAGCUCAAUCAACGUCCUCGUCCUCAUCCUUGUCCUCGGUGAGUGUGGUACAAUCAAUGACCCCGUCUCCCUCUUCGCCUUCACAGUCAUCCACGAUGAUCCAACCAUCGUCAACUCAGAGUUCUUCCCCAUCAUCAUCUGCACAAGCUGGACCAGUCAAUGGCAACUGGAAUACUUGGUCAUCUUGGUCUGCCUGCACCAAGUCGUGUGCUAAUGGCACCCAGUACAGAACACGAACCUGUACCAACCCUCCUCCACAGGCCAAAGGGUUGAAUUGUACUGGUAGUGACAGGGAAACACAAAAUUGUAACACUAAAAAAUGUCCAGUGAGAAAAUUCUCCGUUUCGAUGAAGUUCACGAGCGAAGCGUACAAUGACGAUCUUGCAGUCACUACAAGUCCACAGUAUAACAACCUGAAGUACAAAGUGGAGAACGCUAUCAAAGCAAGCUUUGCCAACGAUCCAACUUACCAACGAAUGGAUAACUUGACCUUCACUCGAGGAAGUAUCAUCGCUGCUUAUGUGCUGGUCUUUGGGCCAAAGAAUUCAUCUAGUCUCCAGGAUCCCGCUGUUGUGCUCAAGCAGGCCGUGUCUUCUGGUUCGUUUGCUGGGCUUUCUGUGGACAAGAACUCGUUCACCGUCGCUGAAAGUGCGGAAGGACUAAACAUAACAGUUUGGGUGACAGAUGAGACCUUUUGUAAAUCUCGCUGUUGCACAGGAGCACCAGGGCAGAUCUGGCAGAACAGAACGUGUACAGAGAUUGAUUCAUCCUGUGCUGGGAUACUCGUGGUCAGAGAAAUCAAAUGUGAAGAAUCUAAAUGUGCAGAAAAACACUGUGACUCAAACGCUGUCGCAAGGAAUGUCGUGUCCCCACUGGCCUUCAUCAUUGCAGUUUCACAUCUGCUGCUGACUGCGACUGCUUAAAUAAACUGACUCUGGUUGCUAAGGUAUCCCUUAGUAACGCUUCCAGUUGCUAAAAAAACAUCUUCAGGUGUCAUUCAAACGACUUUAUAAGACAGAGAUAUUGAAUGUUAUUUCUCUAGCACCAAAUUCGUUCUGAGUGUUAUUUACGCAUGCCUUGCACCUCGGGUUGGCCAGUGUAAACAUAGUACUUGUCUUUGUUUACCUGGUCAUGUAUAAAUUGUUUACACAAUCUAGAACCGCAGUGCACUAUGGGAAUCAUGCGCAACAAAAUGACAUUUUCGUAGACCCCAAACAUGAUGCAUUCUGGUGUGGAUUGGGUAAAAACACUCUCUGUUUUUCAUGCGUUAUAAGGUAUUGUAGUUACCCGGGCUAGACCUUAUGGAACUUGUUCGUCAAACAAGGUUUAAGGUUAGGUACCCCAAUCUACCCCAUAAUGCAUUAUGUUAAAGAUCAAAAGAUCUUAUGCAAAUGAAAUGUGUAUAUUAUAUAGGAAAUAGAGUUGAAACCUCAAAUCCGUGGGUCUCCACACAUUUAUCCCUCCAUCCCUCCAUCCCUCCCUCCCUCCAUCCAUCUAUUCACCUCACUCACUAGAUACCAUGGUCAUUAACACAAACAAACUAUUGAUUCUGAAAAUCAGACGAACAAAUGCAUAUUAAUGUUCAGUUGGUAUUAGUUUAAAAAGCACGUCUACGAUGUAAAUAGUAAAAUCUUAAUUUCACCAAUAAAAGAUACCAAGUAUU